AUGGCGUCCACUCAAAGGUAUCGUGGGCGUGGGGGUCCGUCGUCCGGACGCGCCCCUCGCGGCUCUGCCUGUCUCAACUGCCGUCGUCGUAAAUUCAAAUGUGACGGUGCACGACCCAUCUGUGGGCCUUGCAUCCGCUCAAACCGCGAAUUCGACUGUGAAUACACGGAUGGGCCUACUCGGAGCCCGACGCAGGUGCUCGAGGACAAUAUCUCUCGCCUGGAGGCGCGCAUAUACGAACUCGAGCAUCCGGAAACUGUCACGCCCUCUGUGACGCUUUACGAUCCGCGAUCUGCGCAGCCUGUAGCUGGACCGUCUAGAGUUUCGGCCCCCCAGGCCCCAAAUAUGCCCAUUUCGGGUCCGUUUAGUGGACAGCCCGAGCCAGCCGCAUUCUUGGCUCCCCCGCAGUCUGUCCAAACAUUGAAUCCAAAUUUCGGCUCAGACCCCUCCCCCGAGGUUAUACAAAUGCUCAUCGGCCAUUUCCUCCCACACGCGUCUCAGGUCGGGUUCUUCCUUCACCCCGCGCGGUUCGUCGCACGCGCCACCAACCCACAGGCCUUCACACUCGCGCUAGCACUCCUCAGCGCCGUCUGCCUCUGGGGAGCACGCCUAUCGCGUGACCCUGCGCUGCUCGCACAUGAGCCCGUCUUCCUCCAGCGCGCGGUCCACAGCGUCGCCACCGCGCUUGCUCACCCUCCCGCGCACGCGCUCGUGCACGCGAUCCAGGCAGAGGUGCUCCUCGCGAACUACUUCUUCACUGCGAACCGCCUGCUCGAGGGCCGCUACCACUGCAAUGCCGCCGUCGCGCUCGUGCUGAGCUGCCGCUUGAACAAAUUGCGCGCGGUGCUUGAUGAUGCCGCCACGGCGGCGGCGGUGCGGGGCGUCGAGCUGCCCCCACCGGCGGAUGCUGUGGAGGAAGGGGAGCGAAUCAAUGCGCUCUGGAGUGUGUUUAUCCUCGACAAGAGCUGGGCGGUCACCGUCGGCUCGCCGUCACAUUUCAACGGGUCCCCUGGUGCACAGGUGGACACGCCGUGGCCACUUGAUAUAGAGGAAUACGAAUAUGGCGGUAUGCAUCCUGGUGUCCAAGGCUCGCGCACGGCACAGGCGUUCUUAGAAGACGUUGUGCCGGACGCUGAAGGUAUCUCUUCGCUCGCCCGGCUCGCCAAAGGCGCCGCCCUCUUUGAGCGCGCCACGCGCCUCGCCUCGCAAUGGACUCCAGCGAUGGUCUACGUAGAGCAGUUCGCUACCGAUUUCCUCGUCCUAGACAGCGUGAUAGACCAGUUUGUCGCCUCGCUUCCGCCGAUAGAAACAGCGCCCACGCAGAAUGGCGCACGCACGCUCCUGCUGACGUAUACGUUCGCGCUGGCCGCGACGAUCCAGGUGCAUGGCACGCUCAAGCAAACAGGGGGAGGCACGGCACAGGAAAAGGACGUCGCUGCCGCACAUGCGGCCGCCGCCGCACUAGACGGCAUCGACCUAGCGCAGCUCCCGUUUGUGGACCCGAUCCUCGCUAUUCUGUGGACUUCGGUGUGCCGCGUACUGAUAGGUGAGGUCGCCCGCGUGCGUGUGCUUUGGACGUCUGCCUUACUGCACGACGGGGACACAGCGGCCGCGACACUGGAGGCGGAGCACGAUGGCCACCUCACCGCGCUGCAUAAAAUCCUCGACGCGAUGGCCGCGCUGGCACCCGCUGCACCGUUGAUGGCGGUGCAAGCUGCGAAGAUCCGGCAGGAGUUCGAGGGCACUCCGCCGUGA